AUGUUAGGGACUGUGAAAAUGGAAGGGCAUGAAACCAGCGACUGGAACAGCUACUACGCCGACACUCAGGAGGCCUAUUCCUCGGUGCCCGUGAGCAACAUGAACUCGGGGCUGGGCUCCAUGAACACCAUGAACACCUACAUGACCAUGAACACCAUGACGACAAGCGGCAACAUGACCUCCAGCUCCUUCAACAUGUCCUACGCCAACCCGGGGCUGGGGGCUGGGCUGAGUCCCGGCGCCGUGGCCGGCAUGCCGGCAGGCUCGGCGGGGCCCGUGAACGGCAUGCCGGCCGGCGUGGCCGCCAUGGGCACGGCGCUGAGCCCCGGGGGCAUCAACGCCAUGUCUGCGCAGCCGGCCCCCAUGAACGGGCUGAGCCCCUACGGCGGCAUGAACCCCUGCAUGAGCCCCAUGGCCUACACCCAGUCCAACCUUGGCAGGACGCGGGACGCUAAGUCCUUCAAGCGGACCUACCCCCACGCCAAGCCGCCCUACUCCUACAUCUCCCUCAUCACCAUGGCCAUCCAGCAGGCACCCAGCAAGAUGCUGACGCUGAGCGAGAUCUACCAGUGGAUCAUGGACCUUUUCCCCUACUACCGACAGAAUCAGCAGCGCUGGCAGAACAGCAUCCGCCACUCGCUCUCUUUCAAUGACUGUUUCGUCAAGGUGGCCCGGUCCCCCGACAAGCCCGGCAAGGGCUCCUAUUGGACCCUGCACCCCGACUCCGGCAACAUGUUUGAGAACGGCUGUUACCUCCGCCGGCAAAAGCGCUUCAAAUGCGAGAAGCCGGCGAACAGUAAAGCCACUCAGGAGGGCAGGAAAGAUCAGGCCGGGGCCUCUAAUUCAAGCUCCAACUCCCCCCUGCACAGAGGCCACAACAAACCUGCGCAGCUGGACACGGCCACCUCUCUCUCCAGCUCCAACCCGUCCACCAGCCCUCAGUCUAUGGACCACAGUGGAUCAAGCACGGAGCUAAAGACCUCGGCCUCGGCCGCCUCCUCCACCAUCAGCUCUGUGCCCACCUUGGCCUCCGUCCCACACCCCCCUCACUCAUUAGCUCACGAACCCCAGCUCCACCUCAAGGGUGAUCCCCACUACUCCUUCAACCACCCGUUUUCCAUCAACAAUCUCAUGUCCUCCUCGGAGCAGCAGCACAAGCUGGACUUCAAAGCCUACGAGCAGGCUCUGCAAUAUUCCUCUUACGGGGCCAGCAUCCCCGGCGGGCUGCCCCUUGGCAGCGCCUCCAUGGCUGGCCGGAGCAGCAUCGAGCCCUCGGCCCUAGAGCCCUCCUACUACCAAGGUGUGUAUUCCAGACCCGUGCUAAACACCUCCUAG